AGUUUUUUUUCUUAUAAAUAAUUACGUAAUGUUCGAAGGCGCACGAUUUUUUUGAAGGUUUUUUUGUUGCAUGUGCGCAUAUUAAAAAGUGAUUACAUUCUUCAGAGCAAAGGUGUCAGCUUGAAUUUGGUUCAUCGCGAAUUAUCUGAGAACGUUUAACGAAUUUCCACGUAAAAAUGGCAGGAGUGAAAUCUAAGAAACCAAGCACUUUCUCGAAGUUCUAUCUGGCGUCGUAUAAUCUCGGCCAGACUUUGGGAUGGAGUUAUUUAUUGUAUCAGAUUAUACAAUAUUAUCUUGAAUCUUCCUCCUCAGAUAAUACCUUGUGGAAUAAAACCAAGCUACCUGUAAUCAUUUUUCAAAAUGCAGCUCUAUUGGAGAUAAUACAUGCAGGAAUCGGGCUGGUACCAUCCAAUGUUUUAAUCACAUUGGCUCAAGUUUUUAGUCGUAUCAUGCUUGUAAACGGAGUCCUUCUGGCUACUCCUUACACGUAUGCUGCUUCGUCUCCAGGUCUUCCACUAGCUCUCAUCGCAUGGUCCAUUACAGAGAUCAUUAGAUACUCCUAUUAUUUUGUAAAUCUCAUCUCUGGUAUUGUGCCACGUGUAUUAGUCUGGCUGAGAUAUACUACAUUCAUCAUACUAUAUCCAUUGGGCGUAACUGGUGAACUAUUGUGUUUAUAUACUGCUGUAAAAUACGCCAACGCUAAUCCUGACUCUUGGAGUUAUAUUCUACCAAACAAAUGGAAUUUCACAUUUAGUUAUUUGUAUCUCCUGAUAGCAGUUAUGCUAUUUUACAUUCCAGGUUUUCCACCACUUUACUUGCACAUGUUUGCACAAAGACGGAAAAUACUUAAUCCUAGUGCUGCUGCGAAGAAAACUAAUUAAUUUAAAUCUAUAUACAUUUGUUGUAUAUUUCUUAUUUUCAUAAUCAUAUUCAUAUGUACAAAAAAGGGAUGGAGAGGGUUUAUAUGUUAUUGAAAAUGAGUACGUAUAUAGUAA